AUGGAACGCUUGAGGGAACCCGACCUUGCACUAGGCAAGUUUGACACUGAAAUUCCACGACCAGUCGCACAGAGGUUACCUGCUCCCAUCAAUCAACAUCAUUCCACGGUAGCCCAUCCUGGAGACCGUUAUCCUCGGGAUAUGCGACCAUCCACUGAUACCGAUGGCUGGUCCUCUUCUUCGGACGACGACCACGUCCCCAAGCUGCGGAGGUCACGGACGCAGCCAGACCGCAACCCCCUUUCCAAAUCACAACUCAACCGAGUUCGUACCCAUCCUCGGCCAUCAAAGCUUCGGGUCGGAAACGAGUUUUUCCAAUCGCGGGGCUGCAUAGCAAAAGAUGGAAGGUUGAACAUUUCCGUGAACGAAACGGCCAACACCGGCUACUUGGCAAAAGCACUCGGUGCGACCAUCGAACGGCAUCUUGGUGCACACCAUCUCCAGGAAACCAAGGCGGCCGAAAAGGUCAAAGCUGAGUUUCUGGAGGCCAAGCCAAAUCUCCAGAUUCCUUCGAUGAACAUAGUUAUUAUGGUCAUCGGAAGCCGGGGUGAUAUUCAACCUUUCUUGAAAAUUGGCCGGACUUUGAGAGACAAAUAUCAUCACCGCGUCAGAAUUGCUACCCACCCUACAUUCAAGAAAUUCGUCGAGGAAGAUGUGGGCCUCGAAUUCUUCUCCGUGGGAGGAGAUCCUUCCGAACUCAUGGCGUUCAUGGUUAAGAACCCUGGGCUGAUCCCCUCUCUGGAAACCGUGAAAGCCGGAGAAAUUGGAAGGCGGCGUGAGUCAAUGUACCGAAUGUUCCAGGGAUUUUGGAAAGCGUGCAUCAAUGCGACGGAUGAUGAAACUGAUACAGCGAACUUGAAGCUGAUGGGAUCAAAGCCGCCUUUCGUGGCCGACGCCAUUAUCGCCAAUCCUCCCUCGUUUGCACAUUAUCAUUGUGCCGAAAAACUCAGCAUUCCCUUGCACCUGGUGUUCACCUUCCCCUAUUCUCCCACGCAGGCUUUCCCUCACCCACUCGCCAACAUCAAAGCCUCAAAUGUUGACCAAAGAUACACCAACUUUAUGAGCUAUCCUUUAGUCGACUUGAUGAUAUGGCAGGGUUUAGGUGACUUGGUCAAUCGUUUUCGUGUACAAACCCUCGGCUUGGAGCCUGUGAGCACGCUGUGGGCCCCCGGGCAGCUGUACCGUCUGAAGGUUCCCGUGACCUAUCUUUGGUCACCGUCCCUCGUGCGCAAACCCCGAGAUUGGGGCCCCGAAAUCGAUAUUGCCGGCUACGUGUUUUUGGAUCUUGCAUCGUCGUACCAUCCCCCUGCAGAUCUUUCCCGAUUCUUGGAGAGAUCGGAUGGUCGCCCAAUUGUCUACAUUGGAUUCGGUUCUAUAUCUGGCAUUGAUGAUCCAGCGGCCUUCACGAGGAUGAUUGCCGAGGCGGUCGAAAAGGCCGGAGUUCGCGCCGUGGUGAGCAGAGGCUGGGGUGGUAUGGGGCAUGGAAUGGAGAAACCCGGCGAUGUGUUUUUGAUAGACAACGUGCCUCACGACUGGCUUUUCCCCCGGGUGGAUGUCGUCGUUCACCAUGGCGGUGCUGGGACGACGGCAGCAGGACUCAGGUUUGGCAAGCCGACCAUGAUUGUUCCCUUCUUUGGAGAUCAGCCCUUCUGGAGUGCCAUGGUGGCAAAGGCUGGAGCAGGCGCCAAAGAAGCCCUCCCUCUGAAGAAGCUCGACGGGGACAAAUUUGCCGCAGGCAUUCGUCAAUGUCUGGAGCCGGAGGCCAGAGCCAAAGCUGAAGAGAUCGCCCAAAGCAUUCAAACCGAAGGAGAUGGUGCCGAAAAUUGCGUCGACUCUUUCCACCGUUCGUUGAAUCUGGACGGCCCGCAUUCCUUGCGUUGCGACAUAUUCCCAGACCGGGUAGCCGUUUGGAAGGUCAAGCACACCAGCACACAAUUGUCAGCACUGGCAGCAGAUUUAUUGGUCGAGAACAAAGAACUCCAAUGGGCAGACCUAGAGCUCAAAAAGAAUCACGAAUGGAACGAUUUUCAAGGCCCCGGAGAGCCCAUCACUGGCGCUGGCGGAGUCUUGGUGGCGGCAUUUCAGGAGGCAUUCCACGCCCUGGCACUCACCAAACGCGACAUCAAAUCUUACGAGACACGCCGGCGGAAGCGAAAGGAGAAAUCAGUAGCUGAUGGGCUUGUUUUACCGGGUCGAAUCGCAUAUGCGACGCGCGGCACCAGUGUCGAAGAGCAACGAAGAGAGCACUCCCGUCUAGAAAGGGAAUUCAAUCUUCAAGGCGAAGCAGAACCAGCCAAGUUCCCGUUUGCUCCGUCAAAUCCAGACCAAGAACCGUCACGGAGCAGCUCCAAACUAGCUCGAACUGCGACCGCCUCGUCGAACAGAUCCCCGGCGGUAGUGGUGAUUAUGAAAGAUGUGGGCAAAGGUAUUGGCCAUUCGAGCCGAGCCAUCUUUACAUUGCCUUUGCAAAUGUGGAAUGCCCUGGCUCUUGGGUUUCAUAACGCUCCUCGACUAUAUGGGGACAAGACUGUGCGGCCAUCACCGCAGCGAAUUACGGGUUUCCGAAGCGGGUUGAGAGCGGCGGGCAGGGAGUUCGGGCUCGGUCUUUAUGACGGGGUGACUGGAGUGGUUCGCAUCCCAUAUCAAGAGGUUCAUGAAGAUGGCAUGUCGGGCCUCCCAAAAGGGAUGGCAAGAGGUUUGGGAGGUCUGGUUCUGAAGCCAGUCUCUGGAAUUCUCGGACUAGGAGCAUAUACCGCGAAAGGGGUUCACACCAGCAUCCGGCGGCAAGUACGCGACACUGAGAAGACGGAACGAUGGAUUCGACGCGCGAGAAUAGCCCAAGGCCACCGAGAUGUUCAAGCCAUGAAAGACCAACCAAAGGCAGCUCUUCAGCGUAACCAUCCGCGCACGACGCAGGACCUCAAUGAGACUCGAAAUUACGCUCUCAGGCAGUGGACGACGUAUGAGAAAGACAAGGUAUCAGAUUCGCGAGAAAGGGAGAAUCGAACAUCACUGCUGCUGAACAACAACUUGCAACAACAUGGACAUGUUAAGAAGCCCCCACGAGCACACACACAUUGA